CGCGCCUGACGAAGAAGAGGAAGAAGACAACCUUAGCAGAGAGGAGUGUCAUUACUACUAGAGGUGUGGGUGUGUGACAUGAAGUCCAGAGCUGUUGUUUUCAGUUGACCCUCAGAAAUGAUCAAACGCAGUCCGACAGGUUUCGGGGACGUUAGAUAACGAAGCAGCGACGUGGACUCAGCGGUGUAUACAGUAUAGUUUUUGCACCGUACUACCGUUAGCUAACUCCUGUGUUAUGCUUUCGACUGGGGGUACGGGUCCUCUUUAGCAUCCGUGUACCUGCGUGUGUCCAUCUGUUUGUCAAGCCUGUGAGUGUUUGUGUGUGUCCGCGAUGCGUUUCAACGAGAAGGAGCUGGUGUUACUGAGCCGCCAGCCCUCGGAGAGAGCAGCUGAACUGGGGAUGAGAGGUCCCAAGAAAGGAGACGUUGUAAAGAAGAGGCUAGUGAAACUUGUCGUCAACUUCCUCUUUUAUUUCCGGACUGAUGAGGAAGAGCCAAUUGGAGCUUUGCUGCUGGAGCAGUGUAGGGUGGAGAGGGAGGACAGCCAGACUUUCUCUAUUGCAUUUCUGGAUGAAGCAGAGAGGAAAUAUGUGUUUGAAUGUGAUACUGAAGAGCAGUGUGCCGAGUGGAUAGACUCCAUUAUCAAAGCAAGUUACGAGUUCAUGAGGAAGAAUCUUAUAUUCUAUCGAACAGAAAUCCACAGGCUCACAGGGAAGGACCCCUUGGAGCAGUAUGGUAUAUCCGAUGAAGCUCGUUUCCAGGUCAGCAACGGUCGGCCGCUUGUGGCUAGAGAUACCUCCUCCCUGUAGACCAGCGUCCUGUGUUCACAUUCUAUGUUUUAUUUUGAUUAGUUCACUCUGCCAUUCCAGCAUCACUCCACACUGGUUUGAAAACCACAGUGUUAUCGCCCACAAUCUUGCUCCUUAGAGCUCUACUGCGCUGCAUUUAUUAUAUCUCGGGUUGCCUCAGACCUAUGCAGGUGUCUUAGGUAAUGUAAAGCCAUCCUCAGUUUAGUCCUGCUGCGUCUUUGUCAGUCAGUACAAGCAACGCAAUGCUUUGGUUAAGUCAACACUAUCAUAUUUGUGAUUUCGGGGCAUUCUCAUUUGCCUUUUCUGUGUCAUUUUUAGACUUCUGGCCCAGUUAAUCAGUUCCCUGUAUAAACAUUUUAUGUUUUCUACUGUUGAUGCUAUACAUUCAGACAAUGUGAUUUCAAGAGCGACUUUCAUUCAGGACUAUUAGUAAUGUGAGUAGAACUAUGUUCAAAAUAUCUAAUUUGAGGACAUAUUAACACGUAAACCAUUGUUUUAAUGGAGCCUUUUAAAAGAAGCUUACAGUUGACAGCGUGCCUGAUUUAGAAAACCUUUGGCAGUAUUCCUGCUCUGAUUUGAACUGUUUUUGAGUCUUUUGAGCUGCUGAGUUGAGCCACAUAUUUUACUUAGUGUCUGUGAAAAAGGCAAAGCUGUCCAGAUGUGUAUUUAUCAUGUUAUGCCUCAUUGUUAGAUUCCUUUAGUGUUUGAGACAAUACUUUUGCACAGUUAUUGGGUGUUGAGGGUUGUUUCUUUUAUUACAACUAUCGUACUUGAUCAGCCUGCUGUACCUUUUCUGUGGCACUUUGAUUCAGACCCCUUUAUGUAAGCUGUUGAACCAUGUGUUUAAAAACCAGGCUCUUGGCAUGAUUCAGGAAAUAAAAAUAAACAAAUCACGUGAAUAUUUGUGAAAACGAGAGCUGACAUUUUGCUCUCAACUCAAGUUUCCUGUAAGACUUUUUUGCAUCUUUCAAAUUAGCGAAAUCUUUGUUUUUCAAGAGUCUCUCUGUAAUUGCAUGUCAUUGAAUGUAUCUUCAUUUUAAAUGUUUUGCACAUAGAACUUUUGUUUUUAGUUAACAACAUCUGCUUCACUGGCAUCUCUUUUUUAUACUAAUAAAGCCAUU